AUGGCUACAUUGGUACUAACAUCGUUAAGAAACAGCAUUCUCUCUCUUUUCUUACAUGUCCUGGCAUUCUCAUUCUCUGUUCGAGGACGACCAGCGACUUUUCUGCAGGACUUUCGGAUAACAUGGUCCGACUACCAUAUCCGGCAAAUCAACAGAGGGAGGGCCAUUCAACUAGUUUUAGACCAAAGUGCAGGAUGUGGGUUUGCUUCCAAGAGUCGGUACUUGUUUGGACGUGUUAGCAUGAAGAUCAAACUCAUUCCUGGGGACUCUGCGGCACUGUUACAGCCUUUUAUGUGCAUGAAUUCGGACACAAAUACAAUACGUGACGAACUGGAUUUUGAAUUCUUGGGGAAUCGGACGGGGCAGCCUUACACUGUUCAAACCAAUAUUUAUGCCCAUGGAAAGGGCGUUAGGGAACAAAGGAUCAAUCUCUGGUUUGAUCCUGCUGCAGAGUUCCACAUUUACUCAAUUCUAUGGAACCGUCAUCAUGUUGUUUUCUAUGUGGAUGAAGUGCCAAUUAGGGUUUACAAGAACAACGAAGCCAGAGGAAUUCCAUUCCCAAAGUUCCAACCAAUGGGAAUCUACUGCACACUCUGGGAAGCAGAUGACUGGGCUACAAGGGGUGGACUUGAGAAAAUAGAUUGGAGGAAAGCUCCAUUUUAUGCAUACUACAAAGACUUUGAUAUCGAGGGAUGUCCAGUGCCAGGGCCAAGAACAUGUGCUUCAAACCCUAAUAACUGGUGGGAGGGAGCUGCCUACCAGCAACUGAGCCCCGUUGAAGCGAGAAGUUAUCAAUGGGUUCGCAUGAACCACAUGAUCUACGAUUACUGCACCGACAAAUCACGGUACCCGGUUACCCCACCAGAGUGUGUAGCCAGAAUAUAA